UGUCCCUGGUGUCACUGGGGUCUUUUCCAUGGACCUCUGCUGUUUCCCAUCUCAAACAGCCCCCUGUCCCCUCCUCUAAGGCCAUUUGCAACAUCAGCCUUAAUGAAGCUCCAGUGGAUAACUGUCCUAGGCUCUCGGCUCCCAUCCCCCUUCGGACGGGCCACCAUGGCUAAUUAAUUCCCUUCCCCUUGCCGGUCAAUAGCUGCUCUUGAGCUGUGUAAUCGUAUUGCUGUCCGUGCUGCCUUGAUUUAAUUUCCCCCCAGGACAGCGCGUGGCACCGCGUCCCAGGACCAGUGUUUUGUGUCUGCCCUGGCCCCUCAGUCUGCCAUCACACCUUGUAUUUAAAUAGCAAAGCCCCCCGGAUUUGUCUGGUGAUGCCCCCGGGUGUUCUGUUCCCCUGGCAGCUUUGCUUCGGGUCCUGUGCUCUGCUUCCCUCCCACCCCGCAGACGCAGAUCCGGACCCCCCAUCCUGUGCGGCACCUCCCGCAUCCCGGCCCCGCGUGGGAAAGGCGCCCGUGGAAAGCUGCCGCGGUGGGUCGGCUCGGGCAGCUCCCCGUGCCCCGGCAUCCUCUCGCCCUCCGCGGGCGCCGUCCCCUUUGUACGGGGGAACAAGGGCCGGUCUGUGCGGGGCGGGGGCCUCGCCCGCUCCCCCCGCCCCCGCGCUCGCGUGCGGGCCCCGCACAGAGCCCGCCUUGUUCAUCCCACCCCGGAGCGCGGCUGUGGGACAGCCUGGGCUGGGGUUAAACCUGCCUCCGGCUCCUGGCACCCGCCGGCCUUUUCUUCCUGCUCUUGCCUUGCUUUCUCUUUCCCUUUCGCUCCCUGGCUCUGGGUUUUCCCGUCGUUCCGGUGUUUGGGAAGUUGGCGGCUCAAAGCGCUCUCCAGCCGCGGGUGAGCUCCGUGCCCGGUGGGUGCCCGCGUGUCCCCCCAGCACCAUGGCGUCGCGCAUCGGGCUGCGCAUGGAGCUGAUGAAGCAGCAGGCGCAGCAGGAAGCGGAGCGGGAGCGGGUGCAGCAGCAGAUGAUGAUGAACUACAUGCAGCAGCAGAGGAUGCCCGUGGCCUCCACCCCGGCCAUCAACACCCCCGUUCACUUCCAGUCCCCGCCACCAGUGCCCGGAGAGGUCCUCAAGGUCCAGUCCUACCUGGAAAACCCCACCACGUACCACCUGCAGAAGUCACGGGACAAGAAGGUUCAGGCUUAUCUCUCUGAAACCUACGGGAACAAGUUCGCUGCCCACGUCAGCCCCGCCAGCCACUCUCCCAAGCCGCCCCCCGCCGCGUCCCCCGGCGUCCGGCCCGGCCACGUCCUGUCCUCCUCGGCGGGCAACAGCGCUCCCAACAGCCCCAUGGCCAUGCUCAACAUCGGCUCCAACCCCGAGCGGGAGUUCGAUGAGGUCAUCGAUGACAUCAUGCGCCUGGAUGACGUUCUGGGCUACAUGAACCCCGAAGUCCACAUGCCCAACACGCUGCCCAUGUCCAGCAGUCACAUGAAUGUCUAUAGUGGGGACCCCCAGGUGACAGCCUCGCUCGUCGGUGUCACCAGCAGCUCCUGCCCUGCUGACCUCACCCAGAAGAGGGAACUCACAGAUGCCGAGAGCCGAGCCCUGGCCAAGGAGCGCCAGAAGAAAGACAAUCACAACCUGAUUGAGAGACGGCGAAGGUUCAACAUCAACGACCGCAUCAAAGAGCUGGGGAUGCUGAUCCCCAAGGCCAACGACCUGGAUGUGCGCUGGAACAAAGGGACAAUCCUGAAGGCGUCUGUGGACUACAUCAAGAGGAUGCAGAAGGACUUGCAGAGGUCACGAGACCUGGAGAAUCACUCGCGGCGCCUGGAGAUGACGAACAAGCAGCUGCUGCUCCGCAUCCAGGAGCUGGAGAUGCAGGCACGUGUCCAUGGGCUGCCCACCUCCUCGCCCUCGGGCGUCAACGUGGCCGAGCUGGCUCAGCAGGUGGUCAAGCAGGAGGCCAGCGGGGACGAGGGGACGCUGGAGCCACUGCUGCCACCCCCGGACCCCGAAUCGCAGCCGCAGCCGGCGCUGCCCCCGCCGCCCCAGUCUCCCUUCCACCAGCUGGACUUUACCCACAGCCUGAGCUUCGACGACGGCUCCCAGGGCUUCCCGGACAGCCUGGAGCCUGGACACAGCGCUUCCUUCCCAUCCCUAUCCAAGAAGGAGCUGGACUUGAUGCUGAUGCAGGACACGAUGCUGCCCCUGGCCUCUGACCCCUUGUUCUCGGCCAUGUCCCCGGAGGCCUCCAAGGCCAGCAGUCGCCGGAGCAGCUUCAGCAUGGAGGACACAGACAUGCUGUGAUGAGGAGCUGCUGCGAGGACUGGCCCGUCAAGUUUGGGGUGUGAAGUCACAGGACACGCCUGGCAGGAGGAGCCCGUCCUGCCACGCACUUGAAUCUCCCCAGGAGUACCUUUCUCUAUGCAACGGGGGCUCGGGUCGUGCCCGCCGGGUGCCACCGUGUCUUUCUCAGCUUGUUUUUGCCAGGGGCCUGGACCUUCCUGGCUUGCCGUGGCAUUGGCCUGACUGCAGAUUCCACGGCCUGGGAGCGUGGUGUCGGCUGCUUUGCCUUUCAGCGAAACCCUCCCGGCCCGACCCCCUUCCCCAGGGUGCCUCUGGGAGCCCCCAGCCCCUGGGAGCAGAGGGACGAUGCUCCGAGCUUUGUGUCUGGCUUUGCUGCCUCCUCGCCCCGCUCCGGGAGCCCCCGUUCCCAAGGAGUCUGUCCAGUGUGGUGUCCGAGCCCCCGAUGCCUCACGGUGCCACAUCCCUUGCGGUUCCUCCUUCCUCCGAGCCACCUCUUGGGGUCACAGGGCUGGGGGCAGAUCAGGGGCUUCAAUUAGUUGGAGCACAUUAAUUAACGUGGCACCGGGGUGUUGUCUGAGUGAGAUGGGCCUGAGGCUACAACUUCAGGUGGGUGUUGAAGGCAUCCAGAACAGCUGGGAUGGGGUGUUGGAUGCUCCACCAACCCCCUGCUGUGACCCCACCUUGUGGGGGGACCCCAGCUCGGGGUUAGGCAGCACCCACCACCCCAGAACCUCGCUGGCCUCUGGACAAGGGCUGGACACGGUGUCAGGUGACCUCCAGCCUCCCUUGAGAUGCCCCCAGAGAGGUGCCUCUGCCCUGUGACACGGAGCCCUGGCUCUUUGCUGGAAGCAUAGAGGGGUUUCACACUGUUUUGGGGAUACCUGUUGAAGGUCCUGCCCCAUGUGGGCACAAAGGUCUGGGCUGUGACCAGGGAAUGGUUUGUACCAGUUGCCAAACUGAGCUGCUGCUCUCUCUGCCUUGGACUCGGGGGGUUGUUUCUCUUCCAAGUGUCACCAGCUCGUUCCCCAGCCGGGAUGGCUCCGUGCUGGGGAUCUGCUUUGGGCUCUGCCUCUUCUGCCUUCCCAGCCUGGGAGGUGGCUGGCAGGGAGCUGGGAAGGGCAGGGGGACACUGUUCACAGGGAAAAUACUGCAUGGAUUUAUUCAGGGAGAGGAGGGAAGGCGGGGGAGAGGAGACCCCCUUGGCAACCAUCACCCUCUGGGCCGUGGGUGCCCUCGGGGAUGGGGCUCCCUGAGUGCCCCCCAUCCUGGACCAGGGAUGGGGGAUGUGUGGGGUCAGGAAAGCCCAGCCAGGGUGGGACAAACAUGCCCCAUCGUGGCUGGGUUUGGAAUUGGAAGUGGGGGACAGCCACAGUGCCCCCCUGGAGAGGUGCCUGUGGGGUGUGAGGGUGUGGGGAAGUGCAGAAGGA